AUGCUCUUAGUCACGAAAUUAGCAGCCUUCUUGAGGUUUCACAUACCAAUCCAGCGCACCUUUGACAGCCUGCAGACUUGCCCCGAAUCACCUGCGCUAUUUCCGGAUCAUCCAGAUACCUGUCCUACGACCCAUUCCCCCAAGUAUUGGGACCCAAAAACAACACCAUAUCCCCACGUUCGUAGGGAUUCAAACUCGUCGGACGUUUUCCAGAGUAAACAGAAUGGACCGAUCACCGUCCCCGAUCCUUACAGGUGGCUAGACAAGCCGCCCAAGCAGAGCAAAGACACAGGUGCGCUCUUCCUACAAUUCGUCACCAGGCAACAAGCCUUCACAAAGGAAUACCUGAGCAAAUACUCCCAUCGAGGCUUACUCCGUGAGACGCUGAAAAAGAGUUGGAACUAUGCCAGAAUCGGCUGUCCACUGCUGCAGCCCGACGGAUACUACUACUAUUACUUCACCCCAGCCUUAGAUUCCCAAUUCGUCAUCUAUCGGUUUAAAAAAGGGGAGGAGGAAGGUUUCAAGCAGGCUACCGACCCCAGACAACCUGUGGGGGAGCUCUUCCUUGAUCCCAACCUAUUCUCCAUCGACGGCACCACCCAACUUGGUUCCGCGGAACCUUCCGAGUCGGGCAUCUACAUGGCCUAUGAAGUCUCCCCCUCCGGGAGCAAUUCUCAAACUAUUUACGUCCGUCGCACUGACCGCCCCCAUACCAAGACUGCUGCCGAUGGCGGCAAGAGAGGUGAGGACGCUGGACGGAUGAAGGACACGAUCAAGAAUGUCAAAUACAGUUACACCAGUUGGAUGAAAGACGAUUCUGCAGGCUUCUUUUAUUCAAGAUUCCCUGACCAACAGCCCAAAGCUACCGCGCCCGGCGCAAAGUCGCAAGGAGAAGUCAAGCUCUACUUUCACAAACUUGGCGACCCCCAGAGUAAAGAUCAAUUGAUACUCACGGACCCAGCGAAUCCAUCCUACUUGUGGGCAGCUCAACUUUCGGAUGACGGCAAGUACCUCAUCGUGAUAAAUCAAAGGGCCACGGUCAUCGAAGACGCGAAUCGAGUCUGGGUUGCCGAUCUCACCACCCAAACCCUGUCGAGCGAGAUGAAGUGGCAAAAGGUUGUGAAUGAUUUUGGCAGCCGGUACGCAUACGUUGCCAAUGACGACAGUCGAGUGUAUUUCAUGACCAACAAGGAUGCCCCUAAAUACAAAGUCGUGACGUAUGACCUGAGUAAGCCGGAAGAAGGGUUCAAAGACUUGGUCCCAGAGGAUCCAACUGCGCUGCUGAGGGGCGUAUAUCCCAUCAAUAACAACCUGGUCAUUCUGGAUUAUUUACGGGACGCCAAAGAUGAGAUGUACCUUCAUGAGAUCAAGUCGGGCAAACGGAUCAAAAGAAUCGGCGAGGAGUUUAUCGGUAGCUUCGACGGAUUCUCCGCGCGGCGAAAAGACGGUGAAUUCUUCCUCUACAUCACUAGCUUCACGAGUCCCACCACGGUCUACCGCUACCGUUUCGAGCCUCAAGAGGAUCAGACACUGGUCCAAUUCAGCAACCCUCUGGUUCCUUCAUUAAAUCCCGAAGAUUUUGUGUCCAAACAAGUCUUCUAUGAAUCAAAGGAUGGGACCAAAGUGCCAAUGUUCAUCGUUCACAAGAAGGACUUCAAGCAAGACGGCACUGCGCCAGCUAUUCAGCCCGGAUACGGUGCCUUUAGUGAUACUUCCACGCCCUCCUAUUCGGCCACUUACUUGAGCUUUGUCGCGCAUUAUGGAGGGGUACUGGCCGUGCCUAACAUUAGAGGGGGCGGAGAGUACGGAGAAGAGUGGCAUUUAGCAGGCUGCUUGGAGAAAAAACAGAACGUAUUUGACGACUUCCAGUACGCUACCAAAUAUCUGAUCGCCAAUCGGUACGUGGCUCCCAACAAGGUGACCAUCAUGGGUAACCGGGCCGGCGGUCUCUUGGUGGCCGCCUGCGUCAACCAGGCCCCGGAGCUCUACGGAGCUGCCAUUGCCGAGGCGGGCUUAUUUGACAUGUUGAGGUUCCAACGGUCCACGACUGGACGGUACUGGAUCUCUGAAUAUGGAGACCCAGAAAAUCCCGAGGCGUUCGACUACUUGAUCAAGUAUUCCCCCUUGCAGAACGUAAACCCGGCCGCUCAAUAUCCGGCUCUUAUGCUCCUCACAGCGGACAAUGAGGAUCAGGCCGUCCUUUCAGACAGCUUCAAGUACACAGCUGCAGUCCAACACGCUCUUCCGAUGAACAAACAACCCUGUUUGUUGCGGUUCGAGACCAACGCGGGUCAUGGAGCCGGGAAGAAAACCGAGAUGGAGCUAAACUCGGUAGUCGACCAAUUCAGCUUCAUCGCCCUCGCUCUUGGCUUAGAUUGGAAGGAAUAUCACGGCAAGAAAUCAUCUUGA